GAUGCUGUUUUGGCACACGCAGCCGGAGCACUACAACCAGCACUCGACCGGCAGCUACCUGCGAGAUGUCCUUGCAUUGCCGAUCUUCAAGCAGGAGGAACCACAGUUGUCUCCUGAGAAUGAUGCCAAACUGCCUCCCUUUCAGUACGUCCUCUGCACAGCCACGUCACCUGCUGUGAAACUGCACGAAGAAACUCUGACCUACCUCAACCAAGGUCAGUCUUAUGAAAUCCGUCUACUUGAGAAUAGGAAAUUGGGAGAGUUUCAAGAUUUAAACACAAAAUAUGUAAAGAGCAUCAUUCGCGUAGUUUUCCACGAUCGACGCCUGCAGUACACGGAGCAUCAGCAGCUCGAGGGCUGGAGGUGGAGCCGGCCUGGGGACCGCAUCCUUGAUAUAGAUAUUCCGCUGUCAGUUGGUAUCUUGGAUCCCAGGGCCAGUCCAACCCAGUUGAACACUGUUGAAUUUCUGUGGGAUCCAUCAAAGAGAGCCUCAGCAUUCAUUCAGGUACAUUGCAUCAGCACAGAAUUUACUCCACGGAAACAUGGAGGAGAGAAAGGGGUGCCCUUCCGGGUGCAAAUCGACACCUUUAAGCAGAAUGAAAAUGGUGAAUACACAGAACACUUGCAUUCUGCAAGCUGCCAGAUCAAAGUGUUCAAGCCUAAAGGAGCAGACAGAAAACAGAAGACUGACAGGGAAAAAAUGGAGAAGAAGACCACCCAAGAGAAGGAGAAGUAUCAGCCUUCCUAUGAGACAACUAUUCUUACAGAGUGCUCUCCCUGGCCAGAUGUGCCUUAUCAAAUGAACAAUGCUCCAUCUCCAAGCUACAACAGUUCUCCCAACAGCUUCAACCUUGGAGAUGGCAACAGUUCUCCAACCCACCAAGUGGAGCUCCUGCCUCCCAGCAAUGAUCAUCUCCUUCCUUCUGCUUCUAUUCAAGAUGCCCAGCAGUGGCUUCAUCGUAAUAGGUUCUCUCCAUUCUGUAGACUCUUCUCAAGUUUUUCGGGUGCUGACUUACUGAAGAUGUCCAAAGAAGACUUUGUUCAAAUCUGUGGGCCUGCUGAUGGAAUUCGACUCUUCAAUGCAAUCAAAGGAAGAAAUGUAAGGCCCAAGAUGACAAUUUAUGUCUGUCAAGAACCGGAGCAAAACAGGUCCCAUCUCCACCAAAAACGAGAAAAUGGAGAUGGCAGUCUUUGUGUAUAUCAUGCAAUCUUCUUGGAAGAAUUGACCACGCUGGAAUUAAUGGAGAAGAUUGCCAACUUGUACAGCAUUUCUCCACAGCAGAUAAAUCGAAUCUAUCGGCAGGGACCCACAGGGAUCCAUGUAUUAGUGAGCAAUGAGAUGGUGCAAAACUUCCAAGAUGAAUCUUGUUUUGUUAUCAGCACAUUAAAAGCUGAAAGCAAUGAUGGCUACCACAUAAUUUUAAAAUGACCGUCCUGCACAGAAAGACUUUAACAGCCUAAAAAUUAGUGCCUCACUGAGAUUGCUACAACCUAGACUGGAAACAUGAAGAACCUUCUGGAUAAAAUGCUCUUACGAACUAAGAAUUACCAAACAGCUUAAGGAAAAACUUGCUUUUACAGAUUUUUUUGGUGGUGUGUGGUUUAGUUGUUUGGGUUUUUUUUUUUGAAGCUGAGAACAUCCUCAAAGCUUGUACAUGUUUCUUCCUCUCUCCCUUCCUCUUCAGUCUUAAAAAUUGUCAAGGUUUCUGCUUAUUACUUAGAAACAUCUGCCUUGUACUAAAGGGAAAUGAAAGAUAAACAAAGCCCAAUUUUCUAGACACUUCAUGGUUGGGUGAAUUGAUUUAUUUACUGUUCUGAGUACUCUCUUGCUUUCAACACACACCCUGUUGCUGAUGGAGAUAGGCUCCCUGGGGCUCUUCUUUUACUCUUUGAGGUGGAAGGCUUGUGACUAAAUAUAGAAACAGAUUGGACAGUGCAGAGGAUGGACUUGGUGCCCAGUCUGCACCCAGAGUUUCAAUCCUGGGAGCCUGCACUUAGCUGCUUUCCACCUGUAGAUGUGCUCAAAGUCCAGAGACCUCGGUCUGUCCUGGCAGAGCUUCUGUAAUACCAAUCCGACUGAACGAUUUUGCAAGGUUUGAGAGAGGACAGACAACCUGAGGCAAGCAGUUCAGUGCCAUGUUAUGUCUUCAGCUUCAGAGUAGUCUCCUUGAAUGGAGUAAAUGAAGGUUUUCCAAGGAAGUGUUUUGAACACUGAAAGUUACAGAGCUCACGACAAAUUCAUACUAUGGAUUUAUUCUGCUUUGCAAAGCAUUGAUUAACUGCUAUCUUUGCUGGAACUAGGUUAUGAUCUGAAUGUUUUUUCUUCCUGUUACUCACUGAAGUAAGUAAAACUGAGUUUUGAUUGAGUCCAGGUAACCAAUCA